AUGGACACCAACCAGGACCUCCCAGCCAUCGACUGCCGAAGAGCCCUCCAAAUCUGGGUUACUGAGAACCUAAUGAUGCUACCACUGCCUGAAAGGGUUCAUGGGAAUUUCUCUGAGGAAUGCUGCUAUGUCAUCCUCCAUGUCCCUCAGAGCCCAAAGCCUGCCCGGGGAGGGUCCAGCGACCUGCACUACUGGAUCGGAAAGGAGGCCAGCACAGAGACCCAGGUGGCCGCAGCCACCUUUGUGCAGAGCCUGCAGGAGGAUCUAGGAGACCGGACGGUGCUGCACCAAGAGGUACAGGGCCAUGAGUCUGACUGCUUCCACAGUUAUUCCCACCCUGGAGUCAUCUGCAGGAAGGGAGGCCGGGCCCCUGCUCUCAAGCGCCUGGAGACCAGCAUGUUCAAUGUCCAGCAGCUGCUCCACAUCAGAGGAAGGAAGCAUGUGUCGGCCACUGAGGUGGCCCUGUCCUGGAACAGCUUCAAUAGAGGCAUCUUCCUGUUGGACCUGGGCAAGGUGAUGAUUCAGUGGAAUGGACCCCAAACCAGCAUUUCUGAGAAAUCGCAGGCGCUAGCCCUGACUUGCAACCUCAGGGACAGAGAACGUGGCGGCCGUGCCCAUAUUGGUGUGGUGGAUGACGAGCAUGAAGCCACCGACCUCAUGUACAUCAUGGAGGCCGUGCUUGGCUGCAGAGCAGGCAGCCUGAGUGCUUCUGUGCCCAGCAACGGUGUUAGCCAGCAGCAGAAGGCCAAUGUCCGUCUUUACCUUGUCAGCGAGAAGGGACCCGACCUGGUAGUCCAAGAACUGUCGCCGACCGGCCCACUGACCCCUCAGGACCUCCUGCAAGAUGAAGGCUGUUAUCUCCUGGACCAGGGUGGCUUCGAGGUCUACAUGUGACGAAAGCGCAGCCCCCAGGACAAGAAGGCUGAGUUCAGCAGGGCUGGCUUCAUCCGGGCCAAGGGCUACCCAAACUACACCAACGUGGAGGUGGUCAAGCCCACCGCCUUCCGGCAGCUGUUCCAGACGUGGUCGAAGGAGCUAGAUGGGAAAAAACACAGAGGGAAAAAUGAGUAAGGUAGGGGCAAAGCUGGACGGAGGAAGCUGCACACCCAGCCUGAGAUGGUGGAUGACGGCUCUGGGAAGGUGGAGGUGAGGGCGUGGUGUUUGGUGAUCCAGGACUUCCAAAGGCAGCCUGUGGACCCCAAGCACCACAGUCAGUUGUGCUCGGGAAACUGCUACCUUGUCCUCUACACAUACCAGACGCUGGGCGGUGUCCAGUGCCUCCUGUACCUAUGGCGGGGCCACCAGACCGCCACAGAAGACACCAAGGCCCUGAACGGCAAUGCUGAGGAGUUGGACCUUGCAUACCAGGGAAAGGGAACACUGGUACAGGCUCAUGUGACCAUGGGCAGAGAGCUCCACUUCCUAGCCAUCUUCCAGGGCCGGCUGCUGGUCUUCCAGGCCACGGGGGGGGGGGGGGGGGGGGGAAGGCCAGUGAUCUCCAGCACAAGGCUGUUCCACACGCAAGGGUCUGACAGCCACAGCACCCGGGCAACGGAGGUGCCAGCCCGCGCUUCCUCCCUCACUUCCGGUGACAUCUUCUUUCUGGUCACAACGGAUGUGGGCUACCUCUGGUUUGGGAAGGGCUGCGAUGGGGACCAGCGUGAGAUGGCCCGGAUGGUGGCCACUGUCUUCGCAGGACACAACAUGGAAACGGUGCUGGAGGGUCAGGAGCCUCCCCACUUCUGGGAAGCCCUGGGAGGCUGGGCCCCCUAUCCCAGCAACAGGAGGCUUCCCGAAGAGGCCUCCAGCAUCCAGCCCCGACUGUUUGAGUGCUCCAGCCCCUCAGGCUGCCUGGUCCUCACGGAAGUGGUGUUCUUCAGCCAAGAGGACUUGGACAAGUAGGACAUCAUGCUACUAGACGCCUGUCAGGAGGUCUUCCUGUGGCUUGGGGAAGAUGCCGGUGAAUGGAAGAAGGAGGCAGUGGCCUGGGGCCAUGAAUACCUGAGAACUCACCCAGCGGAGAGGCUGGCGCCCAUCAUUCUGGUCAAGCAGGGCUAUGAGCCUUCCACAUUCGCUGGGUGGUUUGUCACCUGGGACCCCUACAAGUGGACGAACAGCCAGUCCUAUGAGGAGGCGGUGGAGAGAUGCCUGGGAUCAGCGUCUGCCAUCUCUGAGAUAACAGCCGAAGUACACAGCUUCCAGCUAACUCAAUGGCCCAGGGAUAAUAAUAAGGCAGGUCCCUCGACCCUACUGGCCUUCAAGGGUCCCCAGGACAGCCCAGAGAAUGAUCUGGAGCUGGGCCUCGGCGUUGAUGGCAAAAGCCCCAGCAGAAGCUGCAGCAGCUCAGUGGUCAACGGACUCUUGCACCAGGCGGUGGAGGACCUGCCACAGGGCGUGGACCCUGCCCGCAGGGAGUUCUAUCUCUCAGACUCUGACUUUGAAGACAUCUUCGGGAAAUCCAAGGAGGAGUUCUACAGCAUGGCCAAGUGGAAACAGCAGCAAGAAAAAAAAAGAAACUGGGUCUCUUCUGAGCUGGGGGGGCCCUGA